AUGGGGGAUGGAUUCAUAGCUCGGGACAUAACAUUCGUGAACAGUGCGGGACCAAACGCAGAACAAGCUGUGGCAUUACGGGUAGGAUCAGACAGGUCCGUGGUAUACAGAUGCUCAAUAGAUGGGUACCAAGACUCACUGNUGAUCGAUCCUGUCAACGACUGCCUUGAGCUGCUUGACGACACACUCGACAUGCUGUCUCGCAUCGUUGACGUCAAGAGUAAAGAUCAGGUCAACGAUGAUGUCCACACAUGGCUAAGUGCGGCCUUGACUAAUCAAGAGACCUGUAAGCAAAGCCUCAGCGAGAAAUCUAGCUUCAACAAAGACGGAGUCGCGAUGGAUUCCUUCGCAAGAAAGCUCACCGGUUCACUGACCACUUCCCUAGACAUGUUCGUGUCCGAUAAACGGAAAACUUCUUCUUCGUCUGGUGUAGUUGGUGGUCGGAAACUGUUGUCGGAUCAUGAUUUUCCGACGUGGGUUUCUUCGUCGGACCGGAAGCUUUUAGAAGCUACGGUAGAAGAGCUGAGACCUCACGCGGUGGUGGCAGCCGACGGAAGCGGGACACACAUGAGCAUAGCCGAAGCCUUGGCGUCUUUGGCGGAGGGAAGUGGCAGAAGCGUGAUCCAUUUAGCAGCCGGAACUUAUAAAGAGAAUCUCAAUAUUCCGAGCAAACAGAAGAACGUUAUGUUGGUUGGUGACGGGAAGGGCAAAACAGUAAUCGUCGGUAGCAGAAGUAACAGAGGUGGCUGGAAUACUUACCAAUCCGCUACUGUCGCCGCUAUGGGGGAUGGAUUCAUAGCUCGGGACAUAACAUUCGUGAACAGUGCGGGACCAAACGCAGAACAAGCUGUGGCAUUACGGGUAGGAUCAGACAGGUCCGUGGUAUACAGAUGCUCAAUAGAUGGGUACCAAGACUCACUGUACACACUCUCCAAACGACAAUUCUAUAGAGAAACCGACAUUACCGGCACCGUGGAUUUCAUCUUCGGAAACUCCGCAGUCGUUUUCCAAAGCUGCAACCUCGUAUCUCGGAAAGGCUCGUCAGAACAAAACUACGUAACGGCCCAGGGCCGGUCCGACCCGAAUCAGAAUACGGGAAUAUCUAUCCAUAAUUGCAGAAUCACCGGUUCGAUCGGGACUUAUUUGGGUCGUCCAUGGAAAGAGUAUUCUAGGACAGUUGUGAUGCAAUCGUUUUUGGACGGUUCGAUUCACCCUUCGGGUUGGUCUCCUUGGUCCAGUAGCUUCGCUUUGAAGACUCUUUAUUACGGAGAAUUUGGGAACUCGGGUCCUGGAUCAUCGGAGAUUUAG